AUGGCAGUGCCCGCGCUUGCAGGAGCACCUGUGCUGUCGACGCCCGACACCCACAUCUUCGAAGACCCCACGCCUGCUGUAGACACGUCGAAGUUGCAACGCCUCUCGGACGAGCAGGUCGCCCUCACCUACGAGAUCGAGCGCACGGUGAAGGAGAUCCGCGAGGGGAGAUGGAACAGGAUUGCGCUGCAGUUCCCCGAUCACAUGCUCGUCGAUGCGCCGCGCGUGUAUGAGCAGCUGGGUCGAGGGCUGGCCAAGGCGAAACAGGCACAGGGUGCGAGUGCGGGCGCGGGCGCAAGUGCGAGUGCGAGUGCGAGUGCGAAUGCGAAUGCGACCGAGAGUCGACGGAAUGGCACAGCGGUCGAGGAGCUGAGCGCGAAGCUGGAAACGAAAAUGGGCCUGGAGGAGAAGCCGGACGGCGAGGAGAGGCUGUUCAUCCUCGGCGACACCUCCUACGGCGCGUGUUGUGUCGACGAGGUGGCAGCCGAGCAUGUCGAUGCAGACUGCGUGGUGCACUACGGACGCUCCUGCCUCUCGCCCCCUUCACGGCUGCCCGUCAUAUACGUCUUCACCGAGCGCCCUCUCGAUCUCGACCAGACCAUAGCCACCUUCCAGUCCACGUAUCCGGACAAAGCACAACAAGUCAUCCUCAUGGCCGACAUACCCUACUCGCACCACAUCCCCGCCCUCCACACACGUCUCGAACAAGCAGGCUACACCUCGCUCUUCUCCACCCAAAUCCUUCACAACCCAUCCUCGCCCCUCCCGAAUCGCACAACGCCGCCCGGCACGUCAGAUGCCCUGCUCGACUGGGCUCUCUUCCACAUCUCCGAGCCACCCACCUCCCUCCUCCUCACCCUCUCCUCCCGCGUAGCUUCCACACACAUCUACCCUACGAUCCCCUCGUCCACGCUGCCCGCCGCCGAAGUCGCAAACACACGCAUGAACCUCCGUCGCCGCUACGCACUCUGCACCUCGCUCUCCACAACACCUGUGUUUGGCAUCCUCAUCAACACUCUAUCCGUCAAAAACUACAUGACCAUUCUGGCACACGUGCAGAAAACAAUUGCCGCAGUGGGUAAGAAGAGCUACACGUUUGUCGUCGGAAAGGUGAACGCCGCCAAGGUCGCAAACUUCAGCGAAGUGGGCGGGUGGGUUGUGAUUGGGUGUUGGGAGAGCAGUCUGAUCGAGAGCAAGGAUUUUUGGCGGCCGCUCAUCACGCCGUUUGAGCUGGAGAUAGCGCUGCAGGACGACACGAAUCGCGUCUGGACGGGCGAGUGGAGCGGCGAUUUCACUGCGAUUCUGGACGAUGCCCAGGCGAACGAGGCCAAGGCCGCAGAAGAAAAGACCAAUGGAACCAGCAGCAAGCAGGAGAGAGGAGAAACAAACGGUAAUGCCGACGGCGACUACGACUCGGAGGAAGAAUCCGCACCCCCCGAAUUCGACCUCCGCACCGGCCGCUACGUCUCGCACUCGCGCCCCAUGCAACAAUCCACGCCCUCCAAUCCGAAGUCGAUCCAGAACCCCUCUCUCAGCAGCACAUCAGCCUCUUCCACCGCGCUGACAAAACGCACAUCCGGCGCCCUCGCCUCCGUCAACGGCGUCGUCUCGCCCGGCGCAGAGUUCCUUCGCAGCAAGCGCACCUGGGUCGGGUUGGGCAGCGACUACAACAACACUGAUGGCGAGGAAGAUGGGAGUGCAAGUGGGAGUGGACAUGCAGCUAAGAUGGAAGAGGGGCGCAGUGGGAUAGCGAGGGGUUAUCAUGUCGGUGAAGACGCAGAGAAACACUGA